AUGACGUUGAUUGCGCCAUCAAUCCUCUCAGCUGAUUUUUCCAAGCUUGGACAGGAGGCUCAGGAGGUCCUCAACUGUGGAGCAGACUGGUUACAUGUGGAUGUAAUGGAUGGAAACUUUGUCCCCAAUCUGACCAUUGGCCCGCCCGUCAUCAGUGCCCUACAUGCUGCCGUCCCCAACGCAUUUUUAGACUGUCACUUUAUGACCAAUGACCCAGGGUUUUGGAUUUCAUCGACCGCUAAGGCAGGUGCUUCCACCUUUACCUUUCAUAUUGAGGCUCCCUCCGUGCGUUCUGGUAGGAACUCACCAUACAUAGAUCCAGACGAAGAUCUGGAAGCUAUCAAUACGGCAUGCGCUCGAUUGGUCGAGGAAAUAAAGGCACACGGACUCAAGGCAGGCCUUUCCAUCAAGCCAAAGACACCAGCUUCCGUCAUUGGCGACGACUUGUUAAAGGCCUUAGAUCUGGUUCUUCUUAUGACUGUAGAGCCUGGCUUUGGUGGUCAGAAGUAUAUCCCAGAGGCCGCUGAGAAGGCGAUUCAGCUGAAAAAGAGGAGAAGCGAUUUACUGAUUGAAGUGGAUGGAGGAAUUUCGGAUGCGACGAUAGAUCAUGCAUGCUCCUGUGGAAUAGACGCCUUCGUGGCAGGCUCGUACAUAUUCGGGGCGUCCGAUAGAAGCAUUCCCAUCACCCUACUCAGAAAACAUAUGGUGUCAUGUAAACGUGCUUAA